ACAAAAUUUUUAACAUCAUACAGAUCCACCCCAAACCCAAAUGUUCAAGACGGCAAAUCUCCCGCGGAAGCCAUGUUUGGAAGGCGUAUUCGAACAGUCUUCGAUGCCAUGUUGCCAUCCAAACUAGUGGAUGAGCGUAGUCGCGAUCCAAGUAUCCGGAACUUCAGUAUUGGCGACAAAGUCUACAUUAAAUCCUACAUCGGGAAGAACCGAUGGGAGCCGGGCGAAGUGGUGCAAAAACUGGGAAGAGUACUGUACAAAGUUCGAGGAGCUUUUGGGACAUGUAUACGUCACACAAAUCAAAUCCUUAAGGACAAAAGAACAGUGCAGACUCGAAGUAACCGGCCGAUUUUCCCGUUAGAUUUAAUCUUAGACGCACAAAUGCCCAGGAACACUGAAAAGAAGCCUUGGACAAGGAAGACGACAAGAAUAAUGGGACGCCGUCGCAACCCAGUUAUCAAACUACAAGUAGAUUCCAGAAAGAAAUCUUAUUCGGGGGAGGUGUUGGGUCGGCUUUCGGAGAACUUCAACGGAGCCUCCAGAGGCCCAAAAAGGAGCCGAAGGGCCUAACCAAUCAGAGUAUGAUGGAACGUUCGAGAAUUCCAGCGUGGCGUGCUACCAUUGGUCGGUAGCACAAUAUGACGUUAACGGAUUGGCUGAAAUAAGAUGUUGAUUUAACAGACGCCAACAUCUAUAAAUACCCUUGAUUUUCUGUACUAAAAUGAACCUUGGGAUAAAAUGUAUUCUCUCAUACUUGUGUCUUCUUUCUGGAGUUCAAGUCGCUGUGUAGUUCUAGUCUGCGGGUUACGGGAAUAGCUUAGGAUUCGUAUAUAGCGUUCAACCUACACGACUUAUCAGUGGGUAUCUAUGUUCUGGUACCAGUUUGCUCAGAGUUCGAAGUCUAACCUUCGUAAAGUACUAUCAUUGUAGUACUCUUUAAUCAUCCGUAUAAAGCUGACUAGGGCAAUGUAGUUUCUCUCCCAUACUGUACCCUUGUCUGCAAGGGGUCUCCAAAAUGAAGAAUCCUAUAGGCAGCUAAAUGACGUAGCUAGAGGAAGUCGGUGAAUAGAAUCCUUAGGCGUUGAAUUAUACCUUGGAGAAAAUGGGUAUUUGCGAAAACUUUGAUGAGUAUAUGAGAACCGUGUAAUAGGACAGUCAUAAAAAAACUCGUCUCUAUUCACCCAAACUGUGAACGAGAUGAAUCUGCAGGAACAAUUAAUGGAACACUGAAUACUACACUAACUAACUAAACUGAUCGUUUUGUAUAGAUCAAUAGUCAAAGACUGACAGAAGCCCCAAAACCCAGAGUUAAAAUGUAUACAGAUGUUCAGCAUUGCAAUUCCAGGCAGUUUGAUUAACGUAGGGAAUUACUGUGAAGUCCUUUAAGGUUAUUAAUAAAUAACCGUGCACCAAUCAUCUCAAAUCAUCUGCUAAAGUUAAAACCUGAUUUAUGUUCAAAAGAAAGUAGCUGUUUGUCUUCCCUUAUCUUAAUUGUAUAAUUACAACAGAAAAAAGAGGGUAAACCAUCAUGUUUUUAUGCCAUUCAGCUUGUUCUUUUCAUAGCCGCAGAUUUGCUAGACUCCGUUUAUAUAAAACAGGCUCGUUAUCUCAAAGUUGAAAACAGGCCUUGAUUGUUUUUUGUUGUUGGUAUAACGCCCAAAUGUUAGUGCUUUCGGCUUUCAAAUAGUAAAUAGGUUAAAUACCUGUUCUAACCCUAGUUUGGGAAGCUGGGGUUAGUAUUACUAACUUUCACAUAAAACAGUGUAGUUCAAAGCUGAAUACAAACUUUUGUAAGUUACAAUUCUUUUUGUAAGUAUCAGUGCCAAGGUUGUACUUGAUAGUUUCAAAUAAAUUGAACAUUGGGUAAAAAGUUAAUAAUUAAUAUACUGUUUGUGGUAUCCCAAUGAGUAGAAAACUGUAUUUCCGGGGUUUCGUAACCUAAUGUAAGCCACUUCUUCAGCGCAAAUAAAUAACCGAAAUAAAAUUGACACAAGUUUAAGUAGUACAAAGGAAACAAAGAAGAAUAUUUUUCGUACGAUCAGAAUCAUAAUAGGUCUGAAUAUGUCAAUGUCAAAUUAUAUUACAAUUGCACACAUUUUUUAUGCCCACCUUCUGACGCACAAAUUAACAUAAUGACAGUUCACACAAAUUCACCUUGACCAAAAAUAACUUGAUAUUGACAUAUUAAAACCUAUUAUGAUUCUGACUGCACUAAAAAUGUUCUUUAUCGUUAAUUUCAUCUCGAUUAUUUAUUAACUCGGAAGAAGUGGUUUACAUUAAGUGACGAAACUUCAGAGAUACAGUUUUCUACUCAUUGGGAUAUCACAAAUAGUGUAUUUACUACUACAUUUCGUUUGUUUGAAUCUUUUUCUGUAUUUUAGUGUAUUUGCUUCAUUACAUUGAUUAGGUUGAUAUUUCACAAAUGUGUGUAUUGGAGUUUAUUAAUCGACCAGAGAAACCUCUAUAUCACUUGGAACAUUUUAUAGAAGGAACUUAUCGAAAGUAUAAUUCAAAUUCAGGAUUUGUAGAUGAUUUAUCACGAAACACUCCUCAGGCUUUUAGUCACUUCACCUUUGAACGAAGUGGUCAUCGUUUAAUUGUAGUUGAUAUACAAGGUGUUGGUAAUCUAUGGACAGACCCUCAAAUUCAUACAUUCGAUGGUAAAUCUUAUGGAGAUGGAAAUCUGGGGAUUCGUGGAAUGGCUUUAUUUUUUUAUACACAUCGAUGCAAUCCAUUAUGUUUAGCUCUAUCACUAAGCGCUUUUGAUUUACCAAUAAAUGAAAAACUAUCUACACCAUUUAGUCAAUUAUCUAUGGAAGCAGCGGAUAAUCAGACUGAAAAUACAAAUGGGAUCAGUGAUAAUAAUAAUGUGGAACUCAGUGGAACAGUAGCUAUUCCAGCUUCUCGUCGUGAUCGAUAUAGUAUUCGUCGUUUGGUUUCAGAAAAUAUUGAUUCAUCUUAUGAUUUACAAAACAAUGCCAAUAAUCACAACAAUGACACUAGUAGUGAUUUUGUAAAUCCAAUUGACUUUGUAGAGUCUCAUAGUGUACCUUCGCCUAAAUUACCAUUUCUACCUUCGAGAUCUCCUGUUUUAUGUAGAAAUGAUAUAUUACAAAAGACUGAUCAAAUCAAUCAUAAUUCAAAUGUCGUUGCUAAUAAUGGAAAACACAAUACAAAGUAUAGUAAUAGUACUACUACUACUGAUAAUAAUAAUAAUGGUAAUAAUGAUGAUGCACGUACUGAUGAAUUAAUAUUUGGUCCAAUUUCACUUCAUAAUAAUUCGUAUGAUUCUGGCAUAAGUUUUGAUGGGCCAUCGUUUGGUAAUGUGUUCAAAGCACAACAAAGUAUUAUUAGUGAUCCUGGUUGUGAUCCAGUAUGUUCAGAUUUGGAUCAGUCAAAUUCUCAUUUGAAUUCCAGCGAAAGUUCACAACAGCUCAGUAAAGUAAGUUUUUGGAAACUUUUUAUUCCAGGAAAAAUUAUUUCUAAAUGCACUCAUUAGUAAUAAUAAUAAUCGCAAUACUAUUUUUAUCACUUUAUUAUUCGUUUACAUCUUAUUCUCAGAUAUUAGUGUCGUAAAAAAUUUUAAAUUUUCAUCAACAUUUCGUUUUCAGCUGUUAUCUUAGUACAUACUUACAGUUAAAGCUGCGCGUUAUGAUAGCUCAGUUGAUCGGUAAGAUGCCGUAUAACUUGCUCCCCAUGUUCCAACUGAAUAGUUAUUAGAAGACAAAACUGUUAACCAUGUCUGGCCAAUCGAAUGUAACUCUGACGUAAGGAAACACAGUCUAAUAGUUGCGACUAAAUUAUUCUAGACGUCAUCUGUAGUUAUUAUUCUGUUUUAUUUUUACAAACACUUCUCGGACCACUCUGUUUAUGUUUGAAAACAGCUACUAUUUCAGAGCGAUCAAACACUCAGUUUCAGCCAGAUUACUGCCUAUAAUAUUUGUCUUUGAGGGAGUGGAUUGGAGUUUCGUCACGGGUUCAGAAAACUCAGUUGGCUUUUUUUUAUCUUGGGUCGCUUAUGGUGUAACACGGCAUAUCUUUGGCAGACAAAAGAGUGUGUAUACUGCGAUGCAGCUUUAUUCUUUCCACUUUACGGGUGUGUAACAUGACCUUUAAAAUUAAGUUAUUCGUAGAUUACUAGUAUAUGAUCAUACAUUCCUACAAGAAAUUUCUGGUGUAUACUGAGAACACUGUGUCAUCAGUACUGAGAUUAGAUACAGGACAUUACGUAAAGAUGUCAAAUCGAUUGAUGAGGCAAUAAAUAUUCAACAGCUGAGAUGUACACUCAACCACUUUCUACAUAUAUGUGAUAUGUUUACUGGUACAGGAGUCGUUUGGAAGAAAGCUAAUGGAAACAGAACUAAGACUUGACAUCAGUCAAUGAAAUAAUUGCCUCAAUUGUUGUUUUGGCCUUGUUCAUAGUAAUUAACUGUUGGAUUUGAGUUGUACAUGCUGACACAGACUAUCAGGUUGAGGUCCUCGAGAUUAUCGUAGCCAAUCAUCGGAGACGUUAGAUGUCGCGGCUCAAAAUCGUUCGCAAUGGCCUAGGUACAUCCAUUCUUCGUCUUUCCUUAGAUAUUGAGUUUAAAAAUUGUCUCGUGAUCUUUCCUACAAAUUCAUAUUUCCUCGAAUCCUAUUGUUUGUGCCUGAUCUUUACUACUAUUCUAGAUACUGUUUCUACUACUCUAGUAUCUCUUUGAGCUGAUGGUGUGUCAACCUGAACCGAUCCACACGUAUCAGGUUCUAAAUUAAACAUGGCUGAUUGAAGAAAGGGCUGGCAUAAUGUUUGGUUGGUCAAAGUUUCUGUUAAAACUACCGUUAAAAUUACUAUUUUAAACAAUUUAUAUAAGUGUAUUUUCCAAAUGUAUAGUUAUCUAAAUAACACCGAAAACUCCAGAUCUCCAAGUCAGUCAGUCAGUCGGUCAGUCAGCUACAACGUAGGACCAGGCACAUAUAUGCAUCGGUCCAAGUUGCCAUACCUCAUUAACACAACAAGUUCGACACCGGAUUCAUAAAAGUAGUUAAUUCAGAGGUGGUAAUAUAUAAAAGAAAGACUACAAUAAGGAUAUAGUACAGGAAGAAGGAAUUAGUUCGUAGAAAGAAAGAUAUGAAGCGAGUGUAUACACCGACGCCAUUGUGAUCGAUUCUGAGCCAUGUCACCAAGAGUCUCCAACCAUUAGUUACGAUAGUCACGCGGACCCCAAUCAAGUAGUCUGCAAUUUAGAAGAACUAAAAAUAAUUAAAGCAAUUUAUUGCAUGUAUUUUCUUCUCUCAUUAUAGUAGUAUAUCUUCCCCACAAGAUUUGGCCAGUUGUUUUCUAUUUUAAACAUGUUUUUUUUAUAUAUAUAGUUCGCCUUUAAAUUAUCUGACAAUGAACAGCGAAUAACCAUAGUGACCAUGCAUAUUUAUCGUAAACGUUUGACUGAAAUAUUUUUAAAAUUGUUAUUGUUCUCGUUAUUUCUUAAAUUGUCAUACAUAUUGAUUAUUCGUAAAUUUACGUGUAUUUACAUUUGAACAUUAUCCACAUACAUAAUACACAGAGUACAUAGAAUACUAUCAGUUAUCACAAUAUCACUUUAAAUUCGGUGCAUUAUUGUUUUUUUGUCUUACAUUAUGUUUACAUUUCGUGUAUAUUCUGCUAUAAUAGUUUAUGCAUACUGAUUUAUGUGAUAUAGAAUCUGAUAUGUAUUGAGAUAAUCUACAUUAACAGAAACUUAUUAAACAGAUUUCUUGACUGUGAUAUAAUGGUCAACCCCACCCCACCUAUCCUCUAGAAUCUCACAGUUAUCAAUAGUCCAUAACCUUCUCAAAUUGGUAUUCUCUGUUAAUUUGACUGUUUCAUAUUCAGUCGUACAGUAUGUUUGAUAUAUUGAGAUAACUGAAAAAUCCUUAACUAUCCCAUUAGAUCAUAUCAUACAAGUUCAAAGUAAUGUAACCAGAUGGAUGAAUUAAGCAAGCGAUUUUCAUUUUUAGAAAAUCCUAGUGCUACAAACGUUUUUAAAAGACAGUUGAUUUCAGAGACCCGGCUAUAGUUUGGAAGUAUUUACUUAAUUGAUUUUCUGGAAAUAUUUUAUAAUUUGAGAACAACAGGCUAUAGAAAAUUGUUAUAAGUCAGGGUAGGUAGCAGUUUAAAACUUCUCAACGGCGUGAGCCUCUUAAUUCCAUGUCGAAUCGAUCCUAGGGGCUUCUCUGUUAGCUAGUCACAAGAGACGUAGAGCCUAGGAUAAAUGUAUAUCAAUUCAUUACACCAACCUUAUCAGCUCGAGAUAAAAUUAAGUUGGAUAGUAGUAUUCGUAGUAGCGGUGAUAGUGAGAAAGACUGAACUUUAAGAUCAGGGGUGCUGAGAGUCUCCUUCUGGUAAGUGGGAACCGAUGACCUAUAAACCUAUUCUUGGUCACCAGCUGUCAUGGAACCACAUCCCCUCACAUUGUUUCACUGUCUCGUGGACUAGGCCUCUAGAUCAAAGUCUCGGAGGAUGACCCCCUUUUUGAGAAACCACUUGCUUCAGUUUGGGGACCUGGACGGUAUCCCAGCCUGCACAUAUAUCUGAUGGUAACUACUUGUGUGACGCAUGUAUAUUUCAGUGCCCCUUUGUACCAAUGUUUAUGUGUUUUUAUGUAAAUGCUAUGUGGCUGAGUCAUUAAAUUGAAAUCUAACAGUUCACAUUACCAACAUUCAAUUUGUUUUAUUAUGAUCUUCAUUCUCUGUUUGGUUGACCGCACCGAUCAUGGCUUCCCACUACAUAUUCAGUAAAGUUAUCUCGAAGUUAGUUAUUAGUGUGGAUAUUCAAGUGGUUUUGUUGAGUGUUGUUUAAGUUGGUUGAAAAUAUUCAAACAAUUUGUAAUUCGGCCAAUCUUUGUGUUCUUAAAGUAAAUUAAUUAUAUACACAUGUAACGUUCGCUAAUUUCAGUGUUUGGACUAAGGCACCUAACAACAAGUUUGUCUACUGUUUAUAAUUUUAUGCUCUGGAAAUUCUCUAUAAAUGAACAUUCGUGUUAAUUUUGAUUGUACUAGUACUGGUUUGAUAUUACCUUUAGAACUUGUAUUCCUAAACGGGAAGUCAUGUGACUUUUUCUGCCAAUAAAUAUCAUGAUGUGUUUGUCACACUAUAUGAUCAAUAUGACAUUUAGUUUUGUGAUUGGUUCACCUACUUAUAAAUUAGCCUGGAUACCAUAGAAAAAACUGCAAUUUUUUUUAGGUAUGACACUUAGUUGUAGUGUGUCAGUUUCCUCUACUGGAUGGUAUUUUGACUGACGUAAAAUGUGUAUAUCGUUAUUGUAUCACAGGUCUCCACAAAACAAAUGUUUUGCUCAUAACCGACUACAUAAUUAAUGUGUACAUAUUACUUGUUGUCUAUGUGUUCAAAUUAUAUUACGAGCUGGCUGAUGUUAAAGGAAGCUGAACUCAUUGAAUUUUUUCGUUUACAUCAAGCUGGUCAUCGAAGCAGUUCCAUUGCAGCUUUACAUGGUGCUGAUACUGUAAUUUUAGGUUUAAUACAUCAUGAAUUGGCUCGUUUACAUGCUUCUGGUCGUUUAGCUUUAAUGCAUCAAACCGGUUAUUGUCAGUUAAAGUGCAAUGAAAUCAAAAAGCAUCAACCUUCCAUAGAUAUUGAGCAAGAAUUGAAUGGAAAUCAAUUGAAUGAAUUAAAUCGCCCACAAAAUGUUAACUGGGAAUCAGUUUUAUUUCAUUUAGAACAAUCAGCUAAACUUGGUUGUUUAGAUGCUAUUCAAUGUUUAGCUCAAUAUUAUUUGAAUUUAAUGAUUGAUGGUCCAUUAUCGGAAUGUCCAAUUAAACCUGAUCCAGUGGAAUCUCGAGCACAUGGUUUCGCUUUAAUCAGUGCGGCUGCAUCAGCGGGAGAUCGUAUGGCUAUGCUUUAUUUAGCUGAAGCUUAUUGUCAUGGCGAUUAUUAUUCUCCAGAUACUAGUAAUGAUAUCAAUAAUAAUAAUAAUAAUAAUAAUAAUAAUAAUAAUAAUAAUAAUAAUAAUAAUAAUAAUAAUAAUGGGCGGAAACAAGAACCUGACUGGUUAGCAGCUGCACAUUGGUAUGAAAUGGCGGCUAAAGUUGUUACUUAUGAUGAUGAUGCUACAGAAGAUGAUGAAACAAAUCAACGCAACCCAUCGUUUUUAAAAAGAAGUCGUUCUGGUUUUCAUUCAUUAUCUGAAUGGCCAAUUUAUCGUUUACAAGGUCGAUUAGGAGAAAUGUAUGCUAAAGGUGGUCAUGGUUUAGUCAGAGAUAUAAUAAAAGCUUACGAACUCUUCGAAUCAGCCGCUGAAGGUGCUAGUGAAGCUCAUGAAGGACGUAUAGCAAUGAAGUAUUAUGAACAAGCAGGUCUUUUAGAAGAAUAUACUACUGUUGAAUUUGAUGAACAAAUAGAAGAAAAAACAGAAGAAGAAAAAUAAACAAUAAUAAUAACAAUAAUACGAGUUCGUUUCUUUCAAAUUUAUGUAAUACAUAGAUUUUCUCCGGUUAUGGUUUUAUGUGUAUAGCUGUUUUCUUUUUUUUUCUCAUCGAUAACCAAUUGUAUUGAUCAUGUAUAAUCCCUAGUUUUCCCACAUAACAUUUUGACUUGUUUAUAUUCCACUCAUUUUAAUGAUCAGCAAACAGGACCUUUUCUAUGAAUAAGCUUUUAUUCGUAUUUUUUCCCGCUGAAUUAUUAUAUUUUGUCUUGAAUUAUACUAUGAUUAUUUUCAUGUUCAUUGCAUACACACUUUGUAAUUCCAUGUAUUAUUAUUACUAUUAUUGAUUUAUUUAUUGUGCACUACCACUUCACCCAUUGUAUUAUCCGUUCAUUUUGAACUAAAUGUUUAACGCGCCUCUCAUUUUCGUUAAUUUCCUCUUUCUAUAUCACAUUGUUUUGUUUUUUACGGACUAAAGAUGUGACAAUUUGAACAGAUAUAGAUGUGUGUAUACAUAACCAGAUCUUGUGUUGUCUAUAUCUGACUAACUGAUUUCAUUUUCCCUCUAGUUUCUCUAUAUCCUUUUUUGGAUUUUCCUGUUACUCUGUAGAAAUUAUCUUUUUUUAUAUAUAAAAAAGUGAACAUAUAAAAACAAAAUAAUGUCAGUAACAACAGUCAAUAAAACCAUGAUUUAUUUCUAUUGAACAAGUAUUGGAAUUAUUCGUAUUUUUUUUGGUGACAAUUCUCCUGGCUCAGUAAAUAAGCGGUAUAACACAUGUGUGUGAGUAUGUUAGUAAAAAUAUGUCAUUUUCGUCUGUUACUUAGGUACACUAAAUAUACUAGUUAUUUGGUUCUACCUUUGGGCAUCCGCUACAUCCUAAUUCGAAGGUAAACAGAAGAGACUAAAUCUAAGUUUCAUGCUAUUUGGCUUUCGUUAAUAACAAGGUAUUUACAAUCAUGAAAGAGUUGAUGUCCUUUCAUCGAGUUAUGCAGUAUGUCUGGUUGAGUGUAUAUUAUCAGAAAUUCACUUUUUAUUAUCUUCAUAUGAUAUGUGAUAUUGUAGGGUUAACUAGUUAAACUAUAUUAUAAAACUUGACUGAAAUCAAAAUAUUUCAGAUUUUAAAAUAGCAGUAGUUUCAGACUUUUAAAAUCUUGAAAUUAAUUUAAUUCAAAGUUAUAAACAUCUACUUGUUAUUAGUUUUCGGACGUAGAAGUAAACUAAACUGAUAAAUAACGUUAAAUAACUUUUCACUUACUUACGCCUGUUACUCCUCGUGAUGAAGCAUAGGCCACUCAUCAGCAUUCUCCAUCCAACUCUGUCUUGGGCAAUCCUUCCCAGCUCUUUCCAGUUGUUAUUCACACUUUUCAUAUCUGAUUCUAUUUCCCGAC